CAUACACGUCGACAUCUCAGAAAAAACCAGCACCCAAACACAAACAGAUCAACACAAGUGCCAUGUCUCUCAAAUUGUUUGCAUUCGUCGUUCUUGCGGCUGCAGCAAACGCUGGGUUAAUUCCCACCGCCCCAGUUGCUGUAGCAAAAUACAGCGCUGCCCCAGCGGUAUCGUACGCAUACCAAUCUGCCCCCAUAGCAGCCCACGCUUCCGCUGCUUACGCUGCAGCUCCAGCUGCUUAUGCUGCAGCCCCAGCUGCUUACUCUGCAGUUCCAGCUGCUUACGCUGCAGCUCCAGCUGCUUACGCGGCGGCUCCAGUUUACCAAAAAUACGCCGCCCCAUUAGCCCCAGUUGUCCAUGCCGCCCCAGUAGCCCAUUACGCUCCCAUUGCCCACGCUGCACCCAUCGCUAAAGCCGUCGUUGCCGAACCGUACGCUCCACCCCAUUACGACUUCGGCUACUCCGUGUCUGACCCUCACACCGGUGACUCAAAGAGCCAACAAGAGUCGCGAGUCAACGACGUCGUCCAUGGAAGUUACUCUCUGAUCGACGCCGACGGUUUCAAGAGGACCGUCGAGUACACCGCUGACGAUCACAACGGUUUCAACGCAGUCGUACACAGGGAACCCCUUGGUAAAGUUAUUGCCCCAGCACCAGUCGCCUAUGCUGCCCCAGUCGCCAAGGUUGUGGCCCCAGCUUUGACGUACGCCGCCCCAGUCGCCAAAUACAUCCAUAUUAUUUUAUUUGCCUACGUAUGGACUGUAGCAACUGCUGGUGUUCAACAAGCUCCCGCCGUUUCUUACAGCUACAUAUCACAUCCAAGUGACCACGUCCAACACUAUGUGCCACAAGUGAUAAAGAAAACAGUUUCACCAUUCCUGUACACCGCACCUGUUGAAAGACCAUCUUACGUGAGUCAUUCUCCCACAAUAAUCCACCACCAAUCGCCCACGUAUCAAAUCCAUAAGAUUCAGGAGCCCGCUUUGAUUCCCAAAGUUGCUUUUCCAACUAUUUACACUCAGCCGGUCCACGUCCCGACUAUUCGCAAGGAAAUUAGAGUCGCUCCUGUACAAUUACCCCCAAUUCAUAGAACUAUACAAAUUGAGAAUGAGCAGGACGUCCCGGCCCAUUAUGAAUUUGGUUACUCGGUUGAAGACCAUCACACUGGUGAUAUAAAGAAGCAGCAGGAGAUUAGAAAUGGUCACGUCGUGCAGGGAAGUUACUCGCUUAUUGAUCCUGAUGGUUUUAAGAGGGUGGUCCAAUAUGCCGCCGAUGACCACAAAGGGUUCACUGCUGUGGUACACAGAGAACCCAUUGGGAAGGUUAUUACGAAAGUGGCAGCCCCACCUAUCAGUAUCGAACCUAGUCUCGAGUACAUUAUCCAAUUAAAAAUGGUCUACAAAAUAUUCGUUAUGGCUGCUAUUGUUGCAACAGCAGCUGCAGGAGUCGUUCCAGCAUCCCAUGCUGUUUCUUACGCCUACCAGUCCGCCCCUGAGGUCUCCCACGCACCCUUAGCCGUUGCUACUCCCGUAGCUUACGCCGCAGCACCUGUAUACCAAAAAUACGCCGCUCCAGUAGCUUCAAUUGUUCAUGCUGCCCCAGUAGCCCCAGUUUUUCAUGCCGCUCCAGUAGCCCCAGUUGUCCAUGCCGCCCCAGUAGCCCAUUACGCUCCCAUUGCCCACGCUGCACCCAUCGCUAAAGCAAUCGUUGCCGAACCAUACGCUCCACCCCAUUACGACUUCGGCUACUCCGUGUCUGACCCUCACACCGGUGACUCCAAAGCCCAACAAGAGUCGCGAGUCAACGACGCGGUCCAUGGAAGUUACUCCUUAAUCGAUUCCGACGGUUUCAAGAGGACCGUGGAAUAUACCGCUGACGACCAUAACGGCUUUAACGCAAUCGUACACAGGGAACCUCUCGGUAAAGUUAUUGCCCCAGUGUCUCCAGUAGCGUACGCUGCCCCAGUCGCAAAAUUAUUACACUGACUUUGAAACAACAAUUUUCCUUUAAUUCGUUAUUAGACAAUACCAUUUCUACUAUAAAUAAAUAUAUUAUUUAUUUCAAUCGUUAUAAAUGUGAAUGUUUA